CAGCCAUACCAUCAAGAAGAAGAAGAAGAAGAAGAAGAAGAACGCAGUCCGCUGUUCUAAUGGCCGCGGUGCUUUUGGGAAAUUGAGUAUUCACUGUAAUCAAACUCGUGUUGAUCGUGAAAUAUACCAUAACUCUUAUACAUAGCCAGGCAUUUCGGGUCUGUCAUAUUUCAUCAUGUUUCAUCACGUUGCACUUCUUGAAGUGAGCUGAUUUGAGUCAUGCUGCUGCUGGAUGUGAUGCAGGCUGGAGGAGGAUUCAUACUCAUUGAAGAUACCGUGCAGUGCUCCGGGCGCGGACUCCUCGGGUGUUUUAUUAAUGCAGCAUUGAAGAGGGGCGAGGACGUCCAUGUGCUGGGGUUUGAGAGUCCUGAAACAGAAGUGUGUGCUGGUUUGGACAGCAGCUGUGUGCAGAGGCUUCAUUUUCAUAAGGGUUUCCCCGAUCCCCUCGGCUGGACGCGCAGAUCGUCUUUCACCGUCGAGCGGUUCGCUUCUCAACACAUAACUCAGCUCAUCAAAGACACACAGCAUGCCAAAGCAUCAGUACUUGUCGCUGACUCUCUCUCGAUGGUUUUGAGACAUCAUGACCCUGUUGUCUUCUGCCAGACACUUCAAGAGCUCAGGAAAGGAGGAGUUAUUAAAACUAUCAUCGGCCUCCUGCAUUCAGACUUGCAUCAGCAAGGCAUUGUGGGUAUUGUGUGCCACUUGGCCAGUACGGUUAUCUCUGUGGCACCUGCAGACAAUGAACGCCAUUCUGUGGCAAAGACCACAAGACGCACAAAGUCAGGCAAAGUCAUGCAAGAGGAAGAGUAUUUCAGUGUGUCCGAGGACGCAACCCUUUCAGUACAGGCCAAACCACGUCAGCCUGGACAUGCACAGAAAGAGCGAGGUGUGUCUGAGGCUGAUCCAACAUCAAACCUGACUUUCAAUCUGCGUCUGUCUGAGGAGGAGAGAAAAGCCAAGGAGAAAGUGGCACUGCCGUUUGUAUUUAGCCAAGAAAAAAAAUCAGCUCUUCUGAAGCCGACUCCUGGCUCCGGGAGGAUCGUGUACGAGCCUGAUGCCAAUGACGACUUUGACGAGGAGGAUCCAGAUGAUGAUCUUGAUGUGUGAAUGAAGACAGCCCACAUCAUGACCUAAAUCUGUGAAUGUCAUAACCAUCUUCAUAAAUAUAUUUAUUGAUGAUUCGUUAUAUUAUUAUGAAUCAUAUAGUCUGUGGCUGUCUGUUGUCUAUCAACUUUGUGGUUAGUGCGUCGACAUAUAGUGCAACUGCGCUCACGGCGACCCGAGUUCGAAUCCCGCCUUGAGGUCCUUUGCCCUUUUCUCCUCCCAGUGCUUUCCUGUCAGCUCUCUACUGUCCUCUCACAAUAAAGGCAUAAAAAGACCAUAAAUAUAACUAUUACAAGGCCAAGUUUGAGAAUGUUAUGACGGAUAUGAAUCGAUGAACCAAUGUUCUUCGUAAUGUUAUGCAGUUUUUGUAUUGGUAGGAAAAUUGGUGGAUAAAUAAAGCACUCACUUGAAAAUAUUUUAAGC